GGUCAGGUGAUCAGGAAGCUGCUUGGAGUAAACAAGCGGCGCUAAGAAGGUUUCUGUUGGGUUUCUCGGGUUUCUGCCGUGCAGUGCAGUGACAGACAUUUAUCUGUACAUGUUCUGGCCAGACCUGAGUACUGAUGAGCGGUAACUAAAAGCCUGAGUGAGUCUCUGUAUCAGCAGAAUGCAGCGGAGGAAACUCCAGCUUUAGACACAGCAGCGUUCCUGGACCUCUGACAAAAUCGAGGAAAGACCUCAAUUCCAGCAAGAUGACAUGCACCCUGAGGCUUCUUGCAGUUGUCUUCAUGUCUUGUGUUGUGUCCAGGAGCAGCUCAGCAAAAAAGGCCAACCCAAGUGUAGUCAAAGCAGCCAACUUUGCCAUCGACUUUCACAAUCGCAGAAGUAACUAUAUCUAUGCUUAUAAAGUGGUGGACAUCCUGUCAGAAAGGGUUGAGCUCUACACUCCUACCAGGGUUAAAUACUUCAUAGACGUGCGAGUGGCUCAGACAAAUUGCAUAAAUGAUGGAAACGUGAGCCUGAAGGACUGCAGUCUGAGGACGAAUGCGCAGACUAUGGACUGCAGCUUUGUGGUUCUGGCAGUUCCAGGAGAGAACACCAUACCCAGCCACCUUCUGUCAGACAGCUGUACCUGAAUGACUGCUGAUGGAGUUGUUUGCAGGGGAUAAAUUUCAUCAAGCAUCACUGACAUGUAUUAGUCAUUGUUUGAAAACCCUGCACAUCUUACAGCUUCAUGCUGAGUAUCACACUCUAGACGGUAUCCUGAGUCAUUAAGGGCCCAGUUUGCCCAACGCAUCCACAAAGUAUUUAAAUGUAAUGUAUUCAUGUAUUUACCGAAGUCAUAUCAUAAACCUGAUCUAUUUCCAUGCUGGGCAGCUGAAGACCACCAUUGUUGCAAUAUUGCAAUAAACAGAAAACAAAAUGUGUGACUAUAUAAGAAAUUCUAUUUUGGAACAUCCUCCAGAAUAAAGUACCACUUUUGAUUA